UCCCAUUUCAUUUUCUCAUCCAAAAUUCAAAAAUCUUCUCGCUCUUUACACUUCUAAAUCUUAUUCUAAAUCAAAUUAAAGUUGCUGAAAAUGAGGAUGAGUUGCAAUGGAUGUAGGGUUCUAAGAAAAGGGUGCAGUGAGAGUUGUAGUAUACGCCCAUGUUUACAAUGGAUCAAGAACCCUGAGUCUCAAGCUAAUGCUACUGUCUUCCUCGCAAAGUUUUAUGGUCGUGCUGGCCUCUUGAAUCUUAUUAACGCUGGCCCUGAUCAUCUUCGUCCUGGAAUAUUUAGGUCACUGCUUUACGAGGCAUGCGGAAGAAUAGUUAAUCCAAUAUAUGGAUCAGUCGGAUUAUUAUGGUCUAGUAAUUGGCAACUUUGUCAAAACGCAGUUGAAGCUGUUCUCAGGGGAUCUCCAAUUACUUCCAUAACAUCUGAAGUUGCCGCAAAUAAUAAUGGACCGCCUUUAAAAGCUUACGACAUUCGACACGUUAACAAAGAUAAUGACAAUUCUACAAAGUCAAACGAUCUUCACCGGGUCAGAACUAAAUGCCGGUUCAAGAGGCAGAAGGUGAACCCGGUUUGUAAUGAAGCGGUCCAUGAUGAGGAAGUGAAUAGGUCAACAAGUCAUGAGUCUUCGUUGAGUCACCAGUCUGAACCGGCGGUUCAACACAAAGUGGAGUUUGAAAGCCGGGAUAUUGUGAAUUACUUACACCCCGAAGAAAUGGUUGAGGAUUCAGCUACAUGUGAACCGGGUUCAGUACAUCAAGAGGGCGAGCGAACCGGAGAUGGGGAAAUCGAACUGGAGCUGACUUUAGGCUUGGCGGCGCUAUCGAGAGCUCAUGAUAAGCCGAAGCGGGUUCACUACUUGCAUGACUUUAGGCUUGGCACCAUUAUCGAGGCCUCAUGAUAGGCCGAACCGGGUUCACUACUUGCACGACUUUAGACUUGGCACUGUUAUCGAUGGCUCAUGAUAAGCCGAACCGGGUUCAUUACUUGCAUGACUUUAGGCUUGGCAUCGUCAUCGAGGGCUCAUGAUAAGCCGAACCGAGUUUACUGCUUGCAUGACUUUAGGCUUGGCCCCGUUGUCGAGGGCUCAUGAUAAGCCAAACCGGGUUCAUUUAGAAUGGAGCUACGGCUUGAUUGUGCGAUGUGAUCAAUUUGACGGCUAGGAUUGACUUCUUUCUAUGAUCCAUUUUUUUCUUUGAUUUUACAUAUAUGCCCUUGGGUGAGACUUUUUUGGUACAUCCUUGGAGAAAUUAGAUGUACAAAUAUAUAAUUAUAAUACCAAAGUAGUUUUAUCCUUGCUCCAAAA